GACUUCUUCUUAUCAGUCGAGCAGCGCAGAGGGCCACAAUGCGGAUGACCAACCGACCAUCAUGACACUGGGGCACAACCCCACAUGUGACGCGCUCACGCUGAUGAGAAGUUUUCCCCCCCCCGACGAAGCCUCCAUCAUCAAUAUCCUCGCCAACAGGACCAGCGACCAUCGCCAGGGAAUUAUUUCGUUUGGCAGAGGAGCUUUGCACAGGGAUUUGAUCGCGGUACUGGAGGAGCAAAAUAUUGAGCCUGCGUUCAAGAUCGUUUUGCGCGCUGUUUUGACCCCUACAGCUGUGCUACUGGCCUACCAUCUCUUUGACGCGAUCCAGUGGCCCGGAACCAAUGAGACCACAUUGGUCGAAAUCCUGUGCACUCGCAACGACAUGGAAAUCCAACAAAUCAACUCCGCCUAUAAUCAAAUAUACGAGCGUCCGUUGCAACAUGACCUGGGGGCUGCCACGUCAGGACCCUUUCGUCGUCUGCUUGUGUCCAUCAUCAACAACGUUGAGAAGAACUACAACCUGAGCCUAACGAUGAUACUGGCAAAUAAGCUCCACCAAGCAGAUGAGUCGUUGGACGAAGCCGAGUUCAGCAGGAUCUUUUCCUCACACUCCUUCACUGUGCUACGCGCCGUGCUCGAGGAGUACAAGAAAAUUAAGGGCAAGAGUCUUCAUGACGCCAUCAGGAGCGAGUUCUCAGGAGACAUCAAGACCGGUCUGCUGGCCGUGGUCAUGUGCAUUGAGAACAGACACCAGUUCUUUGCCAAGUGUCUGCACGACGCCAUGAGGGGUCUAGGAACUAAAGAUGACACUCUCAUCCGCAUCAUCGUCACGAGAGCUGAGAUUGAUCUCGGCAACAUCAAGCACGAAUAUCAACGCGUCUUCGGCCGCACUCUUGAGAGCGACAUCAGAGGUGACACUUCUGGCGACUACAAGCGGAUGUUGUUGGCAAUCGUCCAGGGCUGAACUCCAGUCUCUCCUCACCAGCGAGCUGAAGAGCUAAACUUUUGAUGUCAAUAUUUACUUUAUUUUUAGGUAUGAUUCCAUAGACUGUUGACUUAGUCGCCAGUUGAACUUAAAAGGCUUUUAAGAUGAUUGUCAAAUACAUGAGUAUAAUUUUAGUACUGAAAAAAAAAGUGUUUAUAGCUGCGGGAACAAUGACCCUUACUAUUGUGUGCCUCUAAUUCUUAGACACAUUUUAUCCGUGAUUUACAGUUAUUUUUUAUUAUACGCACGUCUCAAUCGCUAAAAAUUUCAUUAAUUGAACAUUCAUUUGUAACUUUUUUAAUCUAACAAUUAUUAGCUUGGGACAAAUAAAACAGGCAUCAAACUGUCGACGUUCAGGCAGAAAAUUUUCAGUUAAUUAAUUGUGCAUUUGCUGCAUCGGCCAACCGUAUUCCCGCUAGCUUUGCAAAUAAGUAUCAUCUGUAUGAAUAAUGUAAGCGAUGCAAGUGAUUUUUGUACCGCUAAUUUUUUUGUGAAGACUUUAAAAAAAGUUUCCAGUAAAAUAGUCGUAUUUCCGUUAAUUAGGUUAAAAAAACGUGCUCCAUUGUACCAUUCAUUGUGAAAAUGAAAUGCUCAGAACCACCGAA